AUGAGUUCAGAGGAGAAGGGUGUAUCUCCUGCUCACAAAACAUCCACUCCAUCACAUAAAAGUGCCUCCUCUUCAUUGUCAUCUCAGAGGGACAGUAAGCAGAGUGCUCAUGUAUUGGAGCGAAAUAUUUCUUUUGGAAGUGCAGACCCAUCUGUAAGCAAACAGUUGCUCGAAACUGAGUCUGUCUCUCUGUCUAAGGAACCUGACAGCUGGGAAAUCAUAGAGGGGCUGAAAAUAGGCCAGACUAAUGUCCAGAAACCAGACAAACAUGAAGGUUUCAUGCUGAAGAAAAGAAAAUGGCCUUUAAAAGGCUGGCACAAGCGCUUUUUUGUCCUGGAUAAUGGAAUGUUGAAGUAUUCAAAGUCACCAAUUGAUAUUCAGAAAGGCAAGGUACAUGGAAGCAUUGAUGUUGGCUUAUCAGUUAUGUCAAUUAAAAAGAAAGCUCGUAGAAUAGACCUUGAUACAGAAGAGCAUAUCUACCACCUGAAAGUGAAGUCCCAGGAUUCAUUUGAUGCAUGGGUAUCAAAACUGCGCCACCACAGAUUGUACCGUCAGAAUGAGAUUGUAAGAUCACCAAGGGAUGCCAGCUUUCACAUAUUCCCGUCAGCCUCUACUACAGAGUCUUCACCAGCUGCUAAUGUUGCUGUGUUAGAUGGAAAGGUUCCACAAAAUAGCUUCCCAUGGCAACCCGCCAUACCAUGUAGUAAUAGCCUUCCUGCAACAUAUACUACUGGCCAAAGUAAAGUAGUAGCAUGGUUGCAGGAUUCUGAGGAGAUGGACAGAUGUGCAGAAGAUCUUGCACACUGCCAAUCAAACCUCGUGGAACUUAGUAAGCUUCUUCAAAAUUUAGAAAUUCUACAGAGGACUCAAUCGGCACCGAACUUCACAGACAUGCAGGCUAACUGUGUAGAUAUUUCAAAGAAAGACAAGCGGGUCACAAGACGAUGGAGAACAAAAAGUGUCAGCAAAGAUGCAAAAAUACAACUUCAGGAAGGGCCAGCGCUGAAGGGCCAGUUCAGCACAACACGACGCCGGCAGAGACUAGCAGCAGCUGUGGCUACAACAGUCCCUUUCAGUGCUACAAUGUCACCGGUUCGCCUGCACUCAUCCAACCCCAAUCUUUGUGUAGACAUCGAAUUUCAGACUCCCCCAAGCCAGGUAGCUGACCCCUUGGAAUGCUCCAUGGAGUACAUCAAACUUCAAGAAGAGUUUUGCCUCAUGGCACAGAAAGUUCAUUCUCUUUUGAAGUCUGCCUUUAACAGCAUAGCUAUUGAGAAGGAGAAGCUUAAGCAGAUGGUUUCAGAACAGGACAUUGCAGGCCACAAUUCACAAAUAACACGCCUCAGACAAUCACUUUCUCAGGCUCUCAACCAGAAUGCUGAACUAAGGAGUCGCUUGAACAGAAUACAUUCUGAGUCUGUUAUUUGUGAUCAGGUUGUCAGUGUAAAUAUUAUCCCUAGUCCUGAUGAGACUGGUGAACAAAUCCAUGUUAAUCUCCCAUUGUCUCAGCAAGUUUCUAAUGAGAGCAGGCUCUCUAUGUCCGAAUCUGUCUCUGAAUUCUUUGAUGCACAGGAAGUGCUUUUGUCGGCAAGCUCAUCAGAAAAUGAGGCUUCUGAUGAUGAAUCCUAUAUCAGUGAUGUGAGUGAUAACAUAUCUGAGGACAACACCAGUGUUGCAGACAACGUUUUCCGACAAAUUCUUAAUGGUGAGCUAGCAGGAGGUGCAUUCAGGAAUGGACGUCGGACUUGUCUCCCAGCUCCCUGUCCUGAUACCAGUAAUAUCAAUCUGUGGAAUAUUUUGAGAAAUAAUAUUGGCAAAGAUCUCUCCAAAGUCUCCAUGCCAGUUGAGCUAAAUGAACCUCUUAAUACUUUACAACACCUUUGUGAAGAAUUGGAAUACAGUGAACUCCUGGACAAAGCUGCUGAAACUGAUGAUCCAUACGAACGCAUGGUUCUCAUAGCUGCCUUUGCAGCUUCAGGGUAUGCCUCCACUUACUACAGAGCAGGAAGCAAGCCAUUCAAUCCAGUGCUUGGUGAGACUUAUGAAUGUAUUAGGGAAGACAAAGGAUUCCGAUUUUUCUCAGAGCAGGUUAGCCACCAUCCACCCAUUUCUGCCUGUCACUGUGAAUCAAAGAAUUUUGUGUUUUGGCAAGAUAUCAGAUGGAAAAAUAAGUUCUGGGGGAAAUCAAUGGAAAUCCUGCCAAUUGGAACACUGAAUGUGACUUUUCCAAAGUAUGGAGAUUACUACGUGUGGAACAAAGUCACCACCUGCAUACACAACAUCCUUAGUGGAAGGAGGUGGAUAGAGCAUUAUGGAGAAAUAACGAUCAGAAACACAAAAAGCAGUGUUUGUAUUUGUAAGCUCACAUUUGUCAAGGUGAAUUAUUGGAAUUCAAAUGUAAAUGAAGUCCAAGGGGUUGUCAUGGACCAAGAAGGAAAGGUGGUGCAUCGCCUCUUUGGAAAGUGGCAUGAAGGGUUAUACUGUGGGGUUGCACCUUCAGCAAAAUGUAUAUGGAGGCCAGGCUCCAUGCCAACCCACUAUGAACGUUAUUAUGGCUUUACAAGGUUUGCUAUUGAACUCAAUGAGUUAGAUCCUGUAUUGAAAGAUAUUCUUCCAACAACAGAUGCACGAUUCAGGCCAGAUCAGAGACUUUUGGAAGAAGGAAAUGUAGAAGCAGCAGCCACAGAAAAGCAAAGAAUAGAGGAACUCCAGAGAAGUAGAAGGCGGAACAUGGAGGAGAACAACAUUGAAUACAAACCAAAAUUUUUUAAAAAAGUUAUCGAUGCCAAUCAAAGAGAGAGCUGGGUUUCUAAUGACACCUAUUGGGAACUGCGAAAGGAUCCUGGCUUUAGUAAAGUAGAAACUCCCAUACUCUGGUAA